UGACCAAUCAUUUUGCUGGGAGCUCACAACACAGCAGCCCAACUGUACUUUGUUGGCUAGGAAGUUCGAGAAGGGGGUAGAGUACAAAUCUAGAUCUGUCCUAUAUUAUUUUUUUUUUUUUUCCCUUCAUUGAACCGUGCUUUGUAUGAUGUCUGAGAAUGUCCAUUUCUGGGACUCUUAGCAAUUACUAUGUCGACUCUAUUAUAAGUCAUGAAAGUGAAGACUCGCCUUCAGCUAAAUUUUCAUCUGGGCAAUAUACAAGUUCCAGGCAAGCUGGGCACAAUGAACAUCUAGAAUUCCCCUCUUGUAGUUUUCAGCCAAAACCUCCAGUUUUCAGCGCCUCCUGGACUCCUUUGAAUCCACAUUCUUCUGGUACCCUUCCUGCCGUCUACCAUCCAUAUAUUCAACAUCAAAGCGUCCCAUCUGAUAGCAGGUAUCUACGGAGCUGGCUGGAUCCAGUGCCCAGAGCAGAGACCCUCCCCGGGCAGGGAUCUGUUAAGGCAGAGCCGCUGCUGGGCCGUCCCGGGGAUGUCCAUAAACAGGGAACACAGGAGUACAAUUUAGAAACUUCUGCUGCAAGGGAAGGGAUCGUUUCCAAUCAAAGGCCCAGCUUCGAGGACAAUAAAGUUUGUGAAGGAAGCGAAGACAAAGACAGAACAGAUCAAAAGUCCAGAGCGGACAAAAGCUGGAUGGAGCCGUCCUCUUUCCUACAGAGCGCUGACUCCGGCAGCGGAGAUCAUUGCUGUAAGCGGGAAUGAGGGCGUGCGGA